UGGGCGGAGCUAACGUCCAGGCACCAUGGCUUCGGUCGGAACCGAGCCCGCUGGUCUGGCUGUGGAUAAGGCUGGAUCCACAGAGAAUGAGGGACUCGAUCCAGCAAGCAACGGAGAGGAGAAGCCAGAUGGAGACAAGGAGGUAGCAGACCGACUGGCCGCUUCCCUUGCAGCAGAGGCAAUGCUCAACGGCACAGAAUGUGACAACACGAGGCACAAGAACUUGACAACAGACAACAAUAAGACUGGAUUAUUGAUAAAUGAAAAUGGCACAUCAGAUAUGGAGCCUCCACAUGGUUCUGUUACUGGAAGCAAUGGAUUAAGUCUUGAAAAGCAGCAGCAGCAGGAAGGCAGUGGUGCUGCGACGGCAGAUUUGGGUGUUUCCCCUCAUAGGACUAACAGGAUGCCUUUGGGCUUAGGACACACGGUGAAAUCUCCCCUUGCUUCGGGAUCAGGGGGUGUGCAGACUCAGAGUUCAGGUGCUUUUAGGACUGCCACCUGCACAGGGACCGCGUCGGGGCAGGAGACGCCAGACACUGAUAAUGGCACAGCUUCCUGUCUUUCUCCAGCAUCCCUACACAGAGCACGCAAGGCCAUGCCCGGUCCUGCGGUCAGUCCGGCACAAAAGCUUCUUAACAGGGAAUCGCGGGAAGCAACGGAGGCCAUUGCCGAAUCAGAUGUGCAGACAUCCAUGGAGGAUUCAUCUACUCAGUACCAUCUACCUCAGAAGCCAGCAGAUUCAUCAGCUUCAGAACAAACUGCUUCCUCCACCUCACCAGCAACUCCUACACAGUCUGCCACUCCUGCAGCUUCUCUAGCCGUUACCAAGCUCCGACUCGGAUCGUACUCAGCUGGCUUGUCGUCCCGGAAAAAGAAGAGGAGGAUGGGAAUGUACAGCCUGGUUCCCAAGAAGAAAACCAAAGUGCUAAAGCAGAGGACUAUGCUGGAAAUGUUUAAACGACUACAGCGGUCUGACAAGAGCUCACAGAAAAAAGGGGUGGCAAACGUAAAUGCUGAGAAGGUAGGAAAUGCAUCUAAAGAGGAGGAGCGACAGCAUCAAGCAGAAACAUCUGAACCAGCUGAUCAGAAAAAAGGGGUGGCAAACGUAAAUGCUGAGAAGGUAGGAAAUGCAUCUAAAGAGGAGGAGCGACAGCAUCAAGCAGAAACAUCUGAACCAGCUGAUCAGGUGGAAGAGGAGCAAGAGUCUGGAGACAAAAAUGUUGAGGAGGAGGACACAGAAUCCUACUUGUCUCCUUCCCCACCCGAGAGCACCGAGUCAAGUGUGAAGAAGAAGUUGAAAAAGAAAACAAAGGCACCCAGCGCAUGGCUCAGGCCUUCCAGGAAGAGAAAAAGGAAAAUGCAGACCAAAGAAAUGGAGGCUGAUGUUCAGCCUCAAGCAUCUUCCCAUCCUCACGCAUGUGACGACAAGGAGUACACGGACAUUCUCCCCUCUGAGUCUGUCAGCCUCAGCAAGACUUCACACGACAAAGACACUCCAGUGUCAGUUGUUGAGGAGGCUCAGGAGCUUCCCCUCUGCAGCUGCCGCAUGGAGACCCCCAAGAGUCGAGAGAUUCUCAUCCUAGCAGACAGGAAGUGCAUGGCAACAGAGAGCAUCGAUGGACAGUUAACCCGCUGCCAAAGUGCCGUCGUGAAACAGGAAAUGAUGCGUCCUUCCAACUCGGUUCCGCUGCUGGUUCUUUGCGAGGACCACCGUAACGGCAUGGUGAAACACCAGUGCUGUCCUGGCUGUGGCUUCUUCUGCAGAGCAGGGACGUUUAUGGAGUGCCAACCGGAUGUCAGUAUUUCUCACCGUUUCCAUCGGGUUUGUGCCUCAGUGCUGAAAGGUGAAAGUUUUUGUCCUCACUGUGGAGAAGAGGUCAGCAAAGCCAUGGAGGUGACCAUUACCAAGGCAGACACCACCUCCACUGUUCCCCUCGCUGUCACACAUGGCCCAGCCACACACGGGGCUCUGGAGGGCCGAGCAGACACCACCACCGGCAGCUCUUCUUGUUUGGCUGUGGGUGCUGAAGCCAGUGGUCGGGCCGACAGCUCCGUUGCCAUUCAUUCUUCUCAAUUUCUCGACACCUCUGCUAUUCCUGGGACAUCCAGGAGUACCACUCCUGUGAUGGGAACAACCGUCCCUCCUCCAUUCCUUACAGGAACACCAAUAGAAACCCUGGAGAAUGUCCUGGUGGCUCUGAACACGGAGAAGCCCAAGAAACUGCGUUUUCAUCCCAAACAACUUUAUGUCUCUGCAAAACAGGGUGAUUUGAAGAAAGUUGUGCUUAUGUUGGUUGACGGCAUUGACCCAAACUUCAAGACGGAAUCCCAAAACAAACGGACGCCACUGCAUGCAGCAGCCGAGGGAGGACACAAAGAUAUCUGCCACAUGCUUGUACAAGCCGGCGCAAACUUGGACAUGUGUGAUGAAGAUCAACGGACUCCACUGAUGGAGGCAUGUGAGAACAAUAACAUGGAGGUUUUCCUGUAUCUGCAGAGAGCUGGAGCCAAUAUCACGCACAAGGAUGCUGAAGGGUUCACGUGUCUCCACCUAGCGGCAAAAUCCGGCCAUUACAAGAUUGUUGACCACCUUUUGUCCUCGGAACUCAUUGGAAUAAACGUUCAGGAUGAUGGAGGUUGGACACCAAUAAUCUGGGCUACAGAGUACAGACAUGUGGACCAGGUGAAUCUGCUUCUUUCCAAAGGAGCCGACAUCGGCAUCAGGGAUAAGGAAGAAAACGUUUGUCUUCACUGGGCAGCCUUCUCUGGCAGCGUGGACAUCGCUGAGCUGCUGCUGAACGCCAGUAGCGACCUGCAGGCCGUUAACAUUCACGGAGACUCACCUCUGCACAUCGCUUCUCGGGAGAAUCGCCUGGAAUGUGUCACACUUUUCCUGUCUCGAGGAGCAGAUGUGUUUUUGAAGAACCGUGAGGGAGAAACCCCGUCAGACUGCUGCAGCCACAACUCCAAGGCCUGGGCCGCCCUGCAGCUCAACAGGAAGGACAGGGAGGCCAAGAAGAUCAGGCUCGGCUAUGCGGAACAAAAAAUCCUUCUUAGCGACAUAUCUUUAGGUCAGGAGAAAUUUCCCAUUCCCUGUGUCAACGCUGUGGACAACGAGCCCUACCCACAUGACUACAAAUACAUCUCUGAAAACUGUGUCACCUCCCCCAUAAAUAUUGACAGGAACAUAACGCACUUACAAUACUGCGUUUGUAAGGAAGACUGUUCUUCUAGCAUCUGCAUGUGUGGGCAGCUCAGUCUGCGCCGCUGGUAUGACAAGAAUGGCUGCCUUCUGCCGGAGUUCUGCCAUGAGAAUCCUCCUCUCAUAUACGAAUGCAACCAUGCAUGUUCCUGUUGGAAGACGUGCAAGAACCGUGUGGUACAAAAUGGACUCAGGAUCAGACUUCAGCUUUUUAGGACCAUUGAUAAAGGCUGGGGUGUUAGGACGCUGCAAGACAUUCGGAAGGGGACCUUCGUAUGCGAAUAUGUGGGUGAGAUCAUUUCCGAAGCAGAAGCAGCGAUGAGGCAAAACGAUGCUUACCUGUUCAGUCUGGAUAACAAGCCAGACUAUCUCUACUGCAUCGAUACCUGUUUCUAUGGGAACAUCAGCCGCUUUCUAAACCACAUGUGUGAGCCUAACCUGUUUGCCUGUCGGGUUUUCACAACACAUCAGGACCUUCGAUUUCCACAUGUUUCCUUCUUCGCCGGUGAAAACAUCAAGGCUGGAGACGAGCUUGGAUUUAACUAUGGCAACCACUUCUGGGAAAUUAAAAGGAAGCACUUCGGCUGCGAAUGUGGCUCGCUCAAGUGCAUGUACUCAACUGCGUGCCUGCAGCCUGACAGCACACCAGAGAACCAUCAGAUGCCCAGCUCGCCUGACACCAUUCUUUUCAACAGUCCCCCCAGUCCUUUCUAAAACAGUCCGCACACUAAAUUUGGCUCCUCAUCCACAACAGACGGUUUCUCCUUCACCAACACCCCCCUCCCCGAACUUGAAUCAACAAACCUGUACUGUAUUCACUUCUCAUUAAAAGCAAGGACCACCGACCUUCAUGACAACCUGUAAAACUUUAUUACACACAACCAGAUGCACAAUCAAUUCCUGGAUGGACUAACUGCUCAUUUAUUCUACCAUAUAUAUACACAUAUAUGUAUAUAUAUGUAUAUAUAUAUAUAUAUGUGUGUAUAUGUAUGUGUAUUUAUGUAUAUGAAUAAGGGGAUGAAUUUGGACCAUGCACAGUAAACACCGCAGGGACAAUAAAAAAAAAACAAAAAAACUGUGCAUUUUGCUGGGAAGGUAAACUGUUUUAAGAUAUUAAGUUGACAUUGUUGUGAUCAAAGCAGUUUUGUGGUAUCGUCUUUUGCAAAGACAACCUCGGCACACAGCUGGGUUUUACUGCUUUGAUCUUUUCGGUCAUUUACCAUGAACCAUUCCAGCAAGAUCAGCUGAUCACUGUUGUACAGAAGAGGAUCAGGGCCACUGAAGAAAAAAAAAAGAAUUCUGAGAAAAAUUACUUUAAAAGACUUUAAUCAGAAACCUAAAACAAAAAAAUUUACGGAGGAUUUUUUUUUUUUCAAAAAAGUCAAGAGUUCAGAUUUUUUUUUUUGUUAUUAAAAAAAUCACCCCUAAAUUUUUCUUUUAAGCUUCUGAAAAAAAAGUCCGAAUUCUGACUUUUUCUUCAAUGGCCCUAAUAUUCUUCCGUAUUAUUGAAUAUUUUUUUCCGCUUGUUUUGUUUGUGUUUUGUCAUCUUUUUAUAGUGAAAGGACAUACAUGUCCCACAUCUUUCACCGCUGCUGGUGAUGGGUUGAUGAAAUAAAAUGAAAGACAAAGAGGUGUUACAAAAAGUGGACUUUAAAAAAAAAAUAUAUAUAUAAACAUGUGCUACUCAACUGCGUUUAGAUUGUCUGUCUAGUAGAAAGCUGAACCAUUCCUCAGAAAUGAGGCCUUUCUAGUAUGAAUUAUUGUCUGACCUUUUUAUUAAACUUGUUUGAGGGGACUGAAAUGUGUCAGUUUGCCACAAUAGUAGAGAAAUUGAUUGAACCUAAAAUUAUUGAAAAAAACAAGAAAAAUGGUGCUGACAAAGGUUUUACUUUUUUCAAUUAUCCAAGUGAACAUAGUUUGUAAAAUAAGAUGUUUUUACUUUUUUUUUAAUGUUAUCUCUUUAUUUCUAAUCAUAGUUAUCGUAGUUAUGUUUUCAUGUUCUUCAGAAUUUUGCUGACAGAAGCCAAACCAUCUUGUUAACCGUUAAUAGGAAGCAGUGACUGUUGUGUAAAGUCUUGAAAGGUAGAAACGGGGGAAGAAUUAGAUUUUUUUUAUAAAAUACACUUCCAUUAAGUUCUGUUACAUUUUUCUGGACCGUGAACCAUCCAUCUGAUUGGUUGUAUCUUUUUCAAUAAAUUUAAUACUAAUGCAUUUA